AUGAGCAUAGAGAGCUAUAGGCAAAAGAUGAAACUCUACAUGAUGAGGACAGGAAUUGGAGAGGAAGAAGAGACCACUGUCUUUAGGUUUUUAAGUGGUCUCAAUCUUGAAAUUAGAGAUAAAGUGGAAUUGUUGCUCUACCAAGACUUAAAUGACUUAGUACAAAUUUGGAUUAAGGUAGAGCGACAACUUUUAAGAAAAGGUUUGAAAGCUUUCUACUCUAACUCUAGUGUUAAGAAAGACUACAAGAGGGAGGGUAAGCAAGUGGUAGAAGAAGAACCCUCUAAGAAUCUAGGGAGAGAGAAGAGAGAAGAGAAAGAAAAAGAGAGGCCAAGGGUGGGAACAUCAUCUCACACUCGCACUAGUAAAAUUAAGUGUUUUAAGUGUCUUGGUAGAUGUCACAUUGCAUCACAAUGCCUUACCAAAAAGACCAUGAUAUUAAGGGGUAUUGAUGUAUAUAGUAGACAAGAUGAGGAAAGUGAAAGUGAGAGUGAGAGAAGUGACGCAAAGAAACAAGAAGAAAGCGCAAAACUUUUCAUAUUUUGUGAAUUUUUUUGUUGGCACAACUUAUGUUGGGAGAUCAAUUUCAUUCUUUUUAGUAAGUUUAUUCUUGUAUAUAUUCUAAUUUAUUUUGAUGAUAUAAAAAUUCAUAAUCAAUUGUAUAACAACAUUUUUGUAUUCACUUCUUGUGUAUCAGGGAGUCCUAUUAGCUGUGUUACAAGAUUUGGAGACUAUUCUGCUAAAAAAUCUCAAGUGGAAAAAAUUCAAACAUAUGAAUCUACAACAUCGUCUCAAUCAAAAGAAAUAUCAAGUUUAGAUUCAUUGGCUCGUGUUUUAGGAAGCCAAGAGCAUUGUGGACGUGUUCGCGGUCUAGGUUUGGGUCCUUGCCCAUCUAAAGUCUUUGGAGUCCAUGCUCGUUCUCAUAUUGGAUCAUCUUCAUCUACUCCUUCUAAUGUUGAAUUACAAUCUCAGGUAUCUUCAUUGACUUCUUCUAAUGUUAAAUUAGAAUCUCAGGUAUCUUCAUUGACAUCACAAGUCAAUGAAAUGAAGGCAAUCAUGACACUUUUGUUGCAAAAUCAUCAAGGUCCAUUGCCUUCACAAUUUGCAGUAUUUCAAAGAUCAUCGGUAUCUGAUCAAGGGAGUGGGCCAAACAAUGGAUGUAACAAAGAAAAAAAAUUAGAUAUUGUUAUUGAAUACUUUUAUGAGUCAUACUUUUAGUAUUGAACAUCUAUAUUGAACAUAUGUAAUGAACCUCUUUCUUUUUAAUUUUUAUGUAUGAACAAUUAGUUGUAUGAAUGAUAUUAGGUUGAACAAUGUAGUUUAUUUUAUAUAAUAUUAUUAAAUUUUAGUUCAUAUUAA